GUCGUCCAGCGAGCCUCGCACCGUCUGUUUCCUUUUACGUCCGCUGAGCACACAUAAUAAGACGGCUCCGUGGGAUUGAACUUCAUUCGACUUUGUUUGUUCAAAGAAGAAACUGUAACCAUGAGUGGACGGGGCAAAGGUGGCAAAGGACUCGGCAAGGGAGGCGCCAAGCGUCACCGUAAAGUUCUCCGUGAUAACAUCCAGGGCAUCACCAAACCCGCUAUCCGUCGUCUGGCUCGCCGUGGCGGAGUGAAGCGUAUCUCCGGCCUGAUCUACGAGGAGACUCGUGGUGUGCUCAAGGUCUUCCUGGAGAACGUCAUCCGUGAUGCCGUCACCUACACUGAGCACGCCAAGAGGAAGACUGUGACCGCCAUGGAUGUGGUGUACGCUCUGAAGAGGCAAGGCCGCACUCUUUACGGCUUUGGCGGUUAAACUCAUUCGACCUAAUCCAUCAAACGGCUCUUUUAAGAGCCACCCACUUUCACUUUGAGAGUUUUGUUCCCUUAUGACCGACUGACAUUGCCUACAUAUUGUAACUGACUGGGUUACAAGUCAGUUGACUGUUGUGUUAUCAGUGUAUUGUGUUCAUAGUUGGACCACAUCCGCAGCAUGGCGAUUUACCGAGUGUCCUUGAAUGUGCGGUAGUCGAGAGGCCGGUUAGUCUGUCAAUCACAUCAGCUACCAAUGACAGUCUGGAGGAGAGCAGGUGUGUGGUUGGCUGACAGUGUUCGGGGGCGGGGAUUAGAGUAGUUUGUGUGUGGCGGAAGACAGAAGAGUGUCGGGGGUUGUGCUGUUGCUGUAGAGGGCACUUUCCCCCCGUUGUUUUGGCGUUGGCUACGGCCCACAGUAGCCCGUGUUACUAUUCUGAAUAAACACCGGUAACCGGAACGCUGAUCGUCUGUCGAGGGACGCUACAAGAUUAUAUUGACUCUCCGUUUUGCUAUAAGAUUCAGCUGUAAUGCGUGCU